AUGGACGGACAGCUAAUGCGGGUGGGCUGGCCUGCGUGGAGCGCCCGCGAGCUGCCACGGGCGGCUGGAGCCGAGGCGCGCGGCCCCGCUGGAGGAGCAGCGGAGAGAGGGAAGUCCGAGCCCGGCACGCCGCGGCGCGCCAGUGCUCAGUCAGCGACGGCGACGGUGCACCCACGCGAGCAAGUGGUUCUUCCUGGAGAUCAAGUCAAACUCAUGUGCCGGACGGGCGUGCCGAUAGUGUACUGCCGCAUGGAGACCCCCAGGGGCGGCAAACCCUUGUUCCUGAACCCCAGCACGAAAGUGACAACCACUGGGGAUCCCGUCUACUACGGUGAAGGCUACGAGAAGGGCCAGUGCGGCAUGAUGCUCCAACGGGCAUCGGACCGUGACAACGGUGUUUGGAAGUGCACCAUGGGAAAUGCUCAGAGCGCAGAAGAGCUGGUGGAGACCGCCAUCAUCACUGUCGCCCGAGCACCAGUGCAGCCACAGAUCUUCCUGACACCAUCGGAAUCGACAACGGGAGACGGCAAUCGGUAUGAAUUAGUUGCGGGGAAAUCCGUCCACGCCUCAUGUAGCAUCCCCAAUGGCCGGCCACCUGCCAACCUCACCUGGUUCAUUGGUGAUCAACCAGUGACUGACGGAUUAUCAAGGCUGGAAGAGACAAGAGGCACAGUAAAUGAGACGUGGACAGUAUCACAGAACUUGACAAGAGAAGUCACAUGGCAAGAUAAUGGGAAAUAUUUACGUUGCAUCUCCCAGCAUCUUGCACUGACUAAUGCUGCAAUGAAUGAAAGUAGAAUUAUGCUGAAUGUAACAUAUCCACCUCAGCCACAGUUAUCCUCUCCGACUGAGCAGUUUGGAUUUGAAAUUGGUAAAGAAGGAAUAAUCAAAGUGCAAAUCCAAGCUAACCCAAUGCCAAGAGUAGUAUGGGAAGUUGAUGGAAAACAGGUUCAAGAGGGUUCCACUGAUCCUGAAAACCACUAUCAAGCAAGCAUUCCAGAAAACUUGGGAGGAGGCACAUGGGAAGCAACCUUAAGAAUCACCCGUGUUGAAGAGACAGACAUAAAUAAGCAGUUCACACUUAAAGCAUCAAAUUUCUAUGGAUCAGAAACUUACAAAAUAUCUCUGUCUACAAGUUCAGAACCUACAGCUCAAACUGGAUUUUCAGUGAUGGAGCUUGGAGCUGGCUCAAUUAUUGGUAUUGUAGUGGCAAUCCUCUUUGUGCUACUUGUCAUCUUCCUUGUGAUUUUCGCCAGAGCAACAGGCCGCUGGUGUUUUGCAGGUGGAAUAUCCUCAUCGCGAAAUGACAUUCGAGAGUCAAGUGACACAGAAAGUGCUGAUCAUGGCCCUGCAAACAAGACAAAGACACCAAAGAUGAAUCUCAGCUACAUUUUCAACAAGAAAAAAGAUAAAGUAUCUGAUGAGCCCCCAGAACCUCCCAAGAUGGAACCAGAAAUGCAAUCAGCAGCUGAGCCUCUCCAACAGAAAACAAGUCGUGGCGACAUAGUUUAUGCAGAACUUGAUUUGAAAGAUGUAGCAGGAAAACCACGACCACAGGUUCGACCAGAGGAGGACAGGACAGAAUAUGCAGAAAUUGUGUACACAGCAAAGUCAAAAGAACCUGAUCUACAAGGGAAAUAAGAAGAAACUGUUAAAUGUAACAUAAUGUAAUUUUUGUUGUCUGGAAAUGAACAGUCUUGUGUUGAAACAACUGUGAAUACGAUUGCAUUGCUAAUUCAGGACACAUGCACUAAUGUUUUGCAGCACUGCGUUGUGUUGACACUCACUGAAAAAAAACAUCAGAUUGUGAAAUUAAUAACUACGUACAUAAUUACAUGACAUUAUUGAUAUUAAUAGGGAAUAAGUAAUUUUUCCUACAUCAGUGUCUCAUAUUAAGUGACAAAGCAGCGUAGUGACUGUACAUGACGAUCACCUUCGGCUUUAUUCUCUCUCUCUCUCUCUCUCUCUCUCUCUCUCUCUCUCUCUCUCUCUCUCUCUCUCUCUCUCUCCCUCUCCAAAUUAUUGGGAGUAAUGUCUCCUGGCACUGUAACAUGAAUUCAGAGCUCCACAAUGUCAGCGCCUUAUCCUUUCUUUUCUGGGCAUGUUUGUUUUAAAUUUUGUGUGUGUCAUUCUUUGGUUUGUCAUCUCCCUAUACCUUCCCAACAGGGUCUCCCUUCCUUUCUCCCUUUAUUUAAUUUUUCAGAAUUGGAAUAAUCUCAAGAUUCAGUGUACAUGUAACAACUGUGGCAAUAUCAUUCAUUUCCGCCCUGUAAAGAAAACUUUCGUUCAUCUUCAGUAACGGCGACACUACGAAGUUCUAACAUACUGCAUUUUAAUUCAUUGAUUUCUUAACUGUUCCUACAGUAUAUUAUUGAUACUACUUUCAUAACUGUCUUAUAUUUGGUUACACUGGUUACUGCCCAAUAAGGCAUUAUUUGCGAAUGCAGGCUUCCUCAAUCAGCUGCAUUGACAAAUUCUUGUCAGGAAAUGAGCGGAGUAGUAUUUUUCUUUCAGGGUGAUCUUUCUUACUUGAUGUCUUCUGGCAAAAUUUGCUUCUUGAAACACUGCUAAAUUGAAAAUAUUUCUCGGCUGAUUUCCCCAAGAAAAACUAUCAAGAUAUUAUUUGUUCUUCAUUAUACAUAUUUUAGCUGUAGUUGUAUGAACAUGUGACAUGAAUGAUUCAUUAGCUUUUAGUGUAAUAAUAUAUGUAAAUAAUAGUGUAAGUUGAGGAGUGCACAAAAUUAGACGUGCCUGUUCAUAGAGUUAAAAGCAUUGGAUAGUGAUAGUAAUAGUUCCAGCUAUGAUUGUACAUGUUUCAUAAAGGAUGAAAAUGAUGAAAAAAAAUGUGGAACUCACAUGCAAUAAGAUGCAAUGUCAAGUCUGAGAUUCAAAUAGGAUCAUUAUACCUAUAGCCAUGUCAAGUAGGUGUUUGAUCAUACCAGUGCUGCCGGUACAAAAGAGUAAUUUGUCACCACAUUUUUCAGUGUCAUUAAUUGCAAAACAGUAUAAAUGUAAGCGAUAGAUGUACCAUGACCACAGAAAAUACCUACAUAAUAAAUUUACUUAUGAAAUUAAAAACACUUUUACUGCAUUAUAUUGCAGCUGCAAGCACAUCGUCCUUUAUGAAAUAUUUGUAUGACAAUGUGGUUAUGUACGACAAAAACUUAAAGAUCUCAGAACACAGCUUUUCCCUAUCUUUCACAAACUUUUACUGUGCACAACCUAGGUUCUGGGUUCCAUGCCUCCUUUCAAGUGUUAUACUUUUGCAAAGGUGAUAUUAUUGAACACUAGUCUGGAAUCAUCCACAAGCAGUGAGUGAGAUAACUAGAUUUGAUGAUUUAGUAGCUGCUCAGGAUUAUCUGUAUGUUGUUUUUGCAUAGUAUAUCUUCUUAAUGCGCUGAAUGUGUUUGAACAUCUAUAACAUAUUUCCAAACAACCAAACUACUUGAAGGUGAAGUUAGUUUUCUGGGAUUUCCAGCACCUAUAACGUUUCUUCUACUUGAGACUGAGCUAUAUGUCUUUCCUACAAAGAAUGAGCUACACUUCUUGCACAUGACCUUGUAAUUUCACUUUUAUUCACCAAGGACUGUGCGCUUAUAGCUGAACAAAUGUUUACCUUUUGUGUCAAUAACAUCAUUGAUAACUGAAUAAUUUUUAGGUAUCAAGUUGAUGCUGAUUCUGACAAUUUUCUCACAUACAGUCUCAUGCACUUUUUCUUGGCUAUCAUUUGAAAAAAGUAUUAUUGUUAUUACUAAAAUGUUUGUCUUCCACAGAGAAGUCUACUUUUGAGGGCCAGCGGGUACUUAUUUCUCGGAGCUGUUGUACCAAUAGUUUGUUGUCCAUAGUCAGAAUCAACUGCAAACAAAGUGCCGAAAGCAAGUGGUCUAACAUAUAAUAAGCGUGUUUGUAGAGAACUGGAUGAAUUAAUGCAGCUGAAAUAAAGAAACUCAUUGAUGCACCAUUUUGGCUAUUUUUGGCUGAUGGAUUAUGGUAUGGAUAUCUUCGGUAAAAUGUACAAAGUUGAUGGCAGUGCCUUGUAUUUCCAUAUUGAACUAUGUAUGUUGCUUACUCAUCAAACAGUGAACAUCCAGGAUAGAAUAAUGAGAGUAUUGUGAAAAGUAUAGACUGCUACUCACCACAUAGUGGAAAUGUUGGAGUCGUAGACAGGCACAGCAAAAAGAUUGCUAAACACCUAAACACACAAGCUUUCGGCCAGAAGACUAUCUAUGAAAUAGACACCCCCCACCCCCUCACACACACACACACACACACACACACACACACACACACACACACACACACACACACACACACACACAGAUAUUCAUAGGUCAAACACACAUGACCACUGUCUGUGGCUUGACACUUACAGAUUUGUGUAAAUUUGUGUAAAUGUGUGUCUUUUUGUUGUCCCUGUCUGCUACCCUUUCCAUAAUAUUGCUUAUUCAUUAUCUUUAUGGAGGUAUGAUGUUACCUUUUAAUUCAUUUCCACGACGACAACACAUCAUCUACGCACCUAUAUGAGUGCUGUGUUCACUUACUCACUGCUUCUGGAUAACGCCAAACUUAUUAAAUAAAAUUCUAGUCCAUUCUCCACAUAUUGUGUUUACUUAGUAAAUAAUAUCACUUCAAGGUUAUAAACUCUGUAGUAACACUCACCAACACAAAAAACUGCCUGAAUAGUUGUGGGAGCUCCCCAUUCUGUAUGUUCUGUAGAAAAUAAUGCACUAUUUUCAAAAAUGUGAAGUGGUGCUGCUCUCUGUUCAUCUUUUAUUCCAAGUUACAUAUUGCAACAUUAAUUUUCUGAGAUAGUCUAUAAUUCAAACAUAUUUAUAAUUGUUGCUUGUUUGUUUUAGAAGUUGUUGACUCUGCUUGUUAACACAACAGUAUGCAUGAAUAACAACUUUGCAACAGAGUAACACUAACAUUACAGGUCCAAAACAUAGCACAGGUAAAAUAAAAGUUUGUGAAACCUAGGUGAAAAUUUGUUUCCUUGUGUAAUAAUUACAACAUUCCAAGUCAAUUAAAACAUAAUAUAUCUUGUUAACAUGGAUCAUAACACUUGUGGGCAUCCCAUCCAUGUUGCAGUGUCACUGAAACUGCUAAUUUUUGAGAAAUCAAAAAUAAAUAAAAUCUGAAAUUUGGCCCAUCCACGAAUCAGCUAGUAAGAUUCAAUUAUUCAUUUCCAUAUUUAGUGCUACUAAAAGUAAUAAAAAUGCCUUAGUUCAUUUUUAAGCUGAAAAAUAGCAUAUUAUGAACAGUAGCUUUAAGAAACACAAUUCAUGAAUUAAUAAAAAUGCCUUAGUUCAUUUUUAAGCUGAAAAAGAGGAUAUUAUGAACAGUAGUUUUAUGAAACACAGUUCAUGCAUUCCAGAUGAGUACAGUCAGUUACAAAAUUGAAAAAUCAGUGAAUGGAAGAGCUGUAUUUUAAUGGUCGACACUAUCCUUCACAUACAGCUUUCAAUAAUGAUGCACUUGUAUAAUUCUUCUGUAUUCUUAUAAGCAUGCUAUGACAAUAAAAUUAUUAUUGUUUACUCUUUAAA